AUGCGUACUGCAACAAGUAAAAAGUGGAAGAAUGUUGAAACUACCAAGGAAAAUUUCGUGACAUUGUUCAACCUUGUACCCGGCGAAACAUUUGUUUUCCGCGUUCGAGCGGAAAACGCAAUUGGACAGUCAGAGCCGUCAGCGGAGUCGGAACCCGUACUUAUAAAAAUACCUAAGAAGCCCGAAGAGAAACCCGAGCAGAAGAUCUCAGCUGUUGAAGAAAAAGAAAAAGCUGAUUAUGAAAAAGUGGAUGCAUUAGAAGAAAAAGCCAUCGAUGUCAAUCGCCUACCCAACGAUCUGGAAGCUAAGUACACUAUUUGCGAAGAGCUCGGACAAGGAGCUUAUGGCACAGUUUAUAGAGCCAUCGAAAAGGCUACUGGGAAGACGUGGGCUGCUAAAAUUGUGCAGGUUCGACCAGGUGUAAAGCGAGAAGAUGUACUUCACGAAAUCUCAGUGAUGAAUCAACUACAUCACGAUAAACUUCUACAGUUGCAUGAAGCUUUCGACCUCGGCAGUGAAAUCUGUCUCAUUGAAGAAUUGUAAGU